UCUUACACACUGAUCCCAUAAGCAGUUCCCAGUUUCAGGUUACAGAGAAGAAGAUGAAGAACAGUGGAAACGGGAAGAGUCACAAAGGGAAUGCGAGAGAGGAUCAGGUGAAGAAGGACAGGAGAUCAGGGUCGGGCAUGAAUGGAUCGCCCAAGAAAGGUGGCCAUGGCGGCAAGUUCACCUGGGCCGGUGAUCUGGGCUACUCUACGGCCGAGAUGGGUUUUCAGAAGGAAGUCAUCGACGCCAAGGAUCCAAACUUUGAAGACACAGUCGAGAUCCCAAGCGCCUGAUGAUUUUCAUGGUAUUGAUCCGUGAUCUUGAUGUUCACGUAGUUUUCAGUUUCUAUGAAUGAGAUGUAAAUAGAUAAGGCCAAGGAAGGCGAUGAUCCUUUAGGAUGUUUAUGUAAAACUUUGAAAUUAUGUGGUUUUUAUUGGGUUUAUGCUAGCUUCUUGGUACCUGGUGCUUGAUCUGA